GGUGACAUAAACAAACCCAGUUGCUAGGAAUGCCGCGCGGUAAAGCGACUGUGGAAGUAAAGGAGGUGAUUGGAACUUUGUGUAGAUUAUUGGCGGCCGUCGGACUCCGGCAUGUUCCAACACCGCAGACUUUUAGACUGGCGAAGUUCGGUGAAGUUAAUGCGGAGGACCAGUUCUGGCAGCUGCUAGCCAACAUUCUUCAAACAACCAAAACUGUCUCCUCAAGUACACAGAUUCAAAAUGCCUCCGAGUGCAGGACCCUGGUGAGUGCAGGCCUGUGGCAGAGCGGUUACUAUGCUAGCUGGAUGUACCGGAAGGAGGAAGGAGUUUCCAGCAGGGAACUUCUUCUGGCACUCGGCUGGCAGCUGGCUUCGGGAAUAAUGGAGACACUUUUAACACAGCGAGUACAACAACUGGACACGACGUUACUCGCACCCAUCGUCAUGGAACUUGAGCUUUCUUCGCAGCCUGGAGUCGAGUCCACUGACCUGCGACGACUUCAGUGGCUCAUCGGCAUCCUGAGACAUCAAGGCCAGAUGCUGCUGUCCAUGCAGGACGAGCAGACCUCGUUGCUACAUGCUGUUCAUUCUGCUAGCGAACUUCCUGGAUCGUCUUCUUCCUCGGGUCAACGCUGUACUGUGCUGAGUGAGAGUUGUGUCCGUGUGCAGGAGCUUUGUGAUCUUUUUGAGUUGUACUUAAACUGGAAGCAGGUGGAGACUGUUUUCUGGACUUGGAUGGACAGUGUGGUGAUUUGCCAUGUGACAGAUGCCGUCGCUGAGAGGCCCACACACACGCUCACGAAGAGAGCAGCUGCGUGCCACCCUGGAAAGUUGUGUGCAGACAAACUGGAGGGCAUACGCUCCAGACUGACUACAGUGCAGCUCUUGUCCCAGAAAGGACCGAAAGCAGCCAAAGGGGACGCUGAAGACAAAGGAGACAACGACCGUGACGAGGCGUCCUUCUUGUAUUCGUCCACCCCGCUGGCCCUCUCCCAGGCAUACCGAGCCAGAUUCCAAGCGCAAAGGCCAGUCAAGCAUCACAACCGUCCGGCGGAGGAGGAGGCGGAGGAAAUGUCAGCAUCUCAGGUUGCACGACUGUUUCAUCAAAUUGAGAGACAGCUGCUGAAGAGGCGGGACAGACAGAGACUGACCAAUAGGAUGCAGCUGCAGGAUAUGAUUGGAAAGCUGGAAGAACUGGUGCUGAUACCACCGUAAACAUCAUGUUGGGUAGGUCUAAUUCACUUUUUUAUGUUCAAACCGCACUGCAAUAUUGUUUUUUUUCCAUGUAGUGGUACAUAAUGAUGUAUGACUGUGAAAAUGAAAGUAGAAAUGGCUGUUUCGAUUUGUUUGGAGAACAAAUGUACUACUAAAAACACCCCAAAAAUGGUGUGUGCACUGUAUAGAACACCGUAAAUGACAUGGAAAUAAAAUAGUAUGGGUGCUAUUAACGCAACUCCUUUCCACUUUUAACCUGGAAUGGGACAAUGUUGAUACAGUAAACCUCGGAUAUAUCGGACUCGGAUAUAUCGGAAAUUCGCUCACAACGGACAGAUAAAAAAAGAACCGAUUUUUCUGUAAUGCAUUUCCAAUAAAAAUUCAUUGCAUAUAUCGGAUUUUUUUAUAACGGAUUUCGCCUAUUUCGGACAAAAUCUCCAGUCCCGUUCCAAUGCAUUUCCAUUAAAUUUCCCUCGCAUAUAUCGGAUAUAUCGCCGCAUCGUGGCACUCCGAUUCGCCGAAUCGUGACAGGCCGCUAUACGACGUCAUUUGCAGCGUUUGCAGCGUUGCCUGCGCGUCCAGGUACAUUGGAAACAUAGUCAAGGAAGUGCUUUUUUAUAACGCAUAAAAUCCCAUUUACGCAUAUACCGGAUAUAAAUCCCAUAUAUGCGUAAAACGGACAUUUUCCGGUAUACGCAUAUAACGGAUUUCGCUUAUAUCGGACAAAACCAGUGGGAACAAUUGAAUCCGAUAUAUCCGAGGUUUACUGUACCUUCAAGCAGCCACAUGUAGCAUUUUUAGCAUUUUACUAUUAUUAUUAUUAUUAGAUUCCAGAAAGCACAUACAGAACAGCCAUUGACCUCAAUGCAAGCAAUUUAAUUAUCAAAGGCACUUCAUUUUCAACAUAAUGAAUUCCGGUUUGUGGUUUAUGGAUCAGAAACGAAACCUUUGGUCCGUAGUGUCCCUUUAAACAAGUUAAUACUAUAUUUAAAAAAUGAAAAUAAUGGACAGUAUAAAGCAGAUCAAUCAUAUACGGUAAUAAUAAACAUGCCUUCCUCGCAUAGUGCAUCUUAAUUAAGUGCUCGACCCCACCAGUUCCAGGGAGGAGUGAUCGCGUAAUCGACUUUUCGCUUAACUAGAGCAGUGAUGGGCAAACUGCAGCCCGGGGGCCACAUCCGGCCCGCCCGUUCUUUCCAAAGUAUUUAAUUUCAACUCAACAUAGAACCUGGCAUCAUGGCUUGAGCCGAACUUUUGAUGGUUGAAGUAGCUGUUUUAUCAAUUUUUGUUAUUUGAUCCUGAAAAAAAGGGACACAAGCACAUAAUAAUAAUAAUAAUAAUAAAAAUAAAUGUAAUUUAUAUCGCACUUUAUAUCAAAUAAAUGAUUUCAAAGUGCACAUAUAGCAGAUUGCAUGACACUUUUACAGAUACAAUAAUUCCUGGUGGACUGUUAUGUGUAAAAUAUAUAGUGUGCCCCCCCGGUUCAAAAGUUUGCCCACCCCUGAACUAGAGUUUGCUAUAUUACUGACUUGAUGGAUUAUUUUCUCCUUCUAUAGUUUGCCGGAAACACCAUUGCAAGUUUAACAACAGUAAAAAAUAAUAAUACUAAAAAAUAGACAAACAUGAUUAGAGUCCCAGACUCCAUCUUUAGAAAUACAAAUGCAUCAAAAUUAGCUGUAAGAACAUUCAACUGAUUGUCAUGUUUUCAGUGUACACCUGAGCUGACUUUGUUCCAUCGGUUUACAUCUUCCGAUUGCAGCUACAAGCUAAUCAGACUUGGCUCUGCUUCCCGGGUUGGUAAAAUGCUCUGCGGGGGCGGUC